AGGGUCUAUAAAAGUAUCUGAACCAGUGGAGCGGAGUGAUGGGUGGGGGAAGUAGCUGGGAGUUCCUUAAAAUAUGAUUGAGAGGAAAUGAGUCGGCUGCAGAUCUCAGAAAUGCAUUAUGCCACCAUAAGAGUUUCCCUAUCUUCUGUACACAGCUUAGAAGUGAGAAUAUCAUUGACCCACACAACCCUAGUUUUCAGCUGUUUGACUUUCCUUGUAAGUGGACUAGAUCACCAAUGGCACUUUUACGAGAGUUCUUGCUGUGGGUGGUUCUUGGAAUGAUUUUUGUAUCCUUGGUAAUAGGCCUCAUCUUUGUCUUUAUCAACAAGUGUAUCUCCAAGAAAGCUGCUGAACAAUACAAUACAAAUAGGCCAAGUCACACAAUCCCUGAGUCUUAUGCCCAGUUUCUCCCAAUGCUUUCUCCCUUAUCCAGGAGCAGCAAAUAUCAUCCCAAAGAUCUGGAGAAUGAUUUGCCUCCUUUACCACCCAGGACACAGUUUCUCACAUCCUACCCCGAGAUCGAAAGCUAUGAGAACCUUGCAGAGCUACCCUACAAUGUGAAAGUAGAAAACGAGGCCCCUCCGCCGUACCAUCACACAGAGACAGAGGUGUGUCAGGACGUGUGUCAUGACAGCAUUUCAGAGGACUAUGAUGACAUCGGAGCAGACUGUCAGACUGCUGAACAAUACAAUAUAAAUUCGCCAAGUCACACAAUGCCUGAUUAUUAUGCACAGAGCAGCAAAUAUCAUCCCAAAGAUCUGAAGGAUGAUUUGACUCCUUUACCACCCAGGACACAGUUUCUCACAUCUUACCCCGAGAUCAAAAACUGUGAGAACCUUGCAGAGCUACCCUACAAUGUGAAAGUAGAUAACGAGGCCCCUCCUCCGCCGUACCAUCACACAGAGACAGAGGUGUGUCAGGACGUGUGUCAUGACAGCAUCUCAGAGGAUUACGAUGACAUUGGAACAGACUGUCAGAGUGAGGAGGACUAUGAUGAUGUGGGAUAAGGCCAGAGGCAACAGAGCCUAUUUUAAAGACACUGUGGUGGCACAUAAUGUAUACUCCUGCUAGACCAAAAUAGAUGUUCUGUACAACUAUCCUCAUCUGAUACAGCUUUAAUGUUUACUAAUUUAUUUGGUAAUGCUUUACUUCAGUCCUCUGCCAACUGGUAUAGCUGCCUGGUAUUUACCAAGAAGAUCUUGUUACAAUGUGUACUUUCUUACAACCAAGAAUUCAACACAAUUUAGUUGCGUUUCAGGGUAUACUUUGUAAUUGAAACUCUUAUUGUGCUGUAGUUAGACGGUAUAGAAAAAAAGAGAAGCUGUGUAGUUUCAAUAUGAAUAUUGACCAUAGAGUAUAACAUGUAUACAAUCUAUAUUUUAGGUUCUGACAGUUGAACUAUGCUCAUGAGGGAUUUACAAGUUAUAUUCUUUAAGAAUCAAUUAGAAUAUAAAGUCCAAAAUGGGUGUACCAAUUGCAGAUUGCCCCUUUGAACUAAAGUGUUCUGAAACCUUCCAUACACUGCAAUGUCUUCUACCAGAGGAGGUUAAGCAAUGUAUGCAGUUUGAUUUGUUUGCAGUUACAGUAAUAAUUGUUUCUACAGUUGCAAUAAACAAAAUGUGUGCUUUUAUUCAAUAUGUAAGUUAUGCAAGAGUUCACAUUGUUGAUGCCUAGUGCAUCCAAGCACUCUUUUGGGACUGAAAUCACAUUAAUUAAAUAAAACAAAUAUGGAACGCCUUACAAAAAACUGACAAAGAAAAUAUAUCCAGCAAUAUAUGCCAAACGUUAAUUAUAUAGAUUUAUUGAAGUAAAAUGGAAAAAAACUCCAGAUCUGAAUUAAUUCAGAUUUUUGCCUCCGUUUCCCAUAUUGACAAUAUUCCCCCAGAGAUAAAGCCAAACAUCAACACAGCCAAAGGUUCCCCAUCAAAAGUCCCUUGCUGUUGUUACGUCCUCAUGUGGUCUUAAAGUGACAGUCUGGCUUAUAUAAUAGCUUGAGGGAGAUGUAAGCCACACACCAAUCUCAGAAAAGCUCUGGUUGGAUACUGGCGUUCUCCAUUCAGAACUAGAGAAAUAAGUCAAGAAAAAAAGACCAAGUUUGUCCCUCUGUCUCACUAAGGGAAUGUCCAUAAUAAAGUGAUCCUGUGGUGGGGGGCUAGGUUAACCCCCGAGGCGCUGUCCUUCUCCCCAUGCGAACCCCCCUGGACGCUCCUCGGGAAGGGGGUUGUAGUUGGCAUCUUCUUCUGGAGUGUCAAACAGCAUCUUA